AUGGAUUUAGUAUUUAAUGUACCAGAAUCACUUGAAUCUAUUGAAAUUAGAAUGGAAAUGUUUAGAUCUGAAAGUUUAAGAAAAUUUUUUGAAGGGUGGUGUCGUAAAGGAGGAGGAAGAAAUAAAAAGAUUAUUAUAAAAUUUCAAUCGCGACUAUUUACAUUAAGUGAUGAGCAUUUUAAAGUUAUUGAUGAAUAUGGAGUUUAA